UCGAUUAUAGCAACUCAAUUUGCUGCUACAAACGCGUUUUUUUUUGUUGUACAAAUCUAAAAUACACGAAUAGAAUUAGUUUCGAGCUCAUUGUUACCACCUCCAUACGCUUUAGAUAGUUUUAAUACAACUUUCCAGUGAAAAAUUGAAAAAUAAUCAAAGACCUCGCCACUCCACGGGCGUGAGCGUGACGACGACGGGAGAGUAAAAAAAAAAAACCGAGGAGGUAACGAGCAAAUCGGAAGAAAAAAAGCAUAAAAUCAAAUACCAAUAGAAGCGUACGCAUACAUGCAACAAAAGUCAGCAAGUCGAGUUUAAAAGAGCUGCGAAAAUUUCGCAAAGUGCAACCACAGGAAAAAAAAAUAGCAACAGGAAGGAGCAUACGCGGCAUCAUUCACAAAUCGAUUGCAACAACCGAGCAUAACAAACAGCGAUGUAUGCCGGAGCAUAUGCACCCAACACUGGCGGCGUACAGCAGCACACAGGAGGCGGCUACUACGGUAACGGGGCCGUGGCCGGAGCUGGCGUCGGCACUGGUCAGCGUCGCGACCGCCUUUGUUAUCCACGCAACAACUUUGCCGGUGCUGGCAGCGGGUCCGCAUCACUGAACGGAGCUGCUGGGGCGGCUGGCAGCAUGCACUUCAGUCAGCACUACGGCGUGAUGGCCUACGGCAUACAGAGCGGCAUCAGUAUGGGUGGCAGUGCUGCCGGGAACGGAGGCAAUCCGUAUCGCGGUGGAAAUACCGUACAGAAUGGUGGUGCCUUUGGCAAUGGCGUGGCUGGCGGCGGCGCCGGCUACCAAGGCGGCCUGCACGGAAAGAGUCCCAACUAUACACAACGCUACCAGAAGCCGCACAACGGCGGCCUGGGCAACGGGGGCGGUGGUGGUGGCUAUCAGGCCGGCGGCUAUAACGCCGCGGCACUGGGCAUGCUCUCCAAAGAGGAGCGUGCCGAAAUCCAGCGCGAGAAGGCCAAGAAUCCGGGCCGCAAUCUGGUCAAGCCCAAGUGGGAGCAGCUGGCGCCCUUCCCCAAGAACUUUUACGUCAUCCACCCGAAUACGCUGAACAUGUCGGAGCAGGCGGUGGCCGAGCUGCGCGGCGAGCUGGAGAUAACUGUCUCUGGCAAUGAACUGCCCCAUCCGGUGGCCAAUUUCGAGGAGUGCUCGUUGCCGUCGCACGUCAUCGACGAGAUGAAGCGACAGGGCUUCACCAAGCCCACCGCCAUCCAGUCCCAGGGCUGGCCCAUCGCCCUCAGCGGGCGCGACCUGGUCGGCAUUGCACAGACCGGGUCGGGCAAGACGCUGGCCUACAUGCUGCCGGCCAUUGUGCACAUUGGCAACCAGCCGCCGAUACUGCGCGGCGAGGGACCCAUCGCCCUGGUGCUGGCACCCACUCGGGAGCUGGCCCAGCAGAUACAGUCGGUGGUGCGUGACUACGGCCACCUGUGCAAGCCGGAGAUCCGUCACACUUGCAUCUUCGGUGGCUCCUCGAAGGUGCCGCAGGCCCGCGACCUAGAGCGCGGCGUUGAGGUUAUUAUUGCCACGCCGGGACGGCUGAUCGACUUCCUGGAGAAUCGCAACACCAAUCUGGCCCGCUGCACCUACCUGGUGCUGGACGAGGCCGAUCGCAUGCUCGACAUGGGCUUCGAGCCGCAAAUCCGCAAGAUUAUCGAACAGAUCCGACCCGAUCGACAGGUGGUCAUGUGGUCCGCCACCUGGCCCAAGGAGGUGCAGGCCCUGGCCGGUGAUUUCCUCAACGACUACAUCCAGAUCAACAUUGGGUCGAUGAAUCUCUCGGCCAACCACAACAUUCACCAGAUCGUCGAGAUCUGCACAGAGAUGGAGAAGCCUCAACGCAUGGUGAGGCUGCUCAAGGAGAUCGCUCCGACCACCAACAAUUCGUCCAAUAGUGGCAACAAGAUCAUCAUAUUUGUGGAGACCAAGAUCAAGGUGGAGGACAUACUGCAGAUCAUACGCACCGAGGGCUACACUGCCACUUCGAUCCAUGGGGACAAGACGCAGAAUGAGCGCGAUUCGGUGCUGAAGGAUUUCCGCAACGGCAAGUCCAACAUAUUGAUUGCCACAGAUGUGGCAUCGCGCGGCCUCGAUGUCGAGGAUCUGCAGUAUGUGAUCAAUUACGAUUAUCCAAACUCGUCCGAGAAUUAUGUGCAUCGCAUCGGACGUACCGGUCGCUGCCAGCAGCUGGGCACCGCCUACACCUUUUUCACGCCCGACAAUGCCAAGCAGGCGCGUGAACUCAUCUCGGUGCUGGAGGAGGCGGGUCAGACGCCCUCACAGGCGCUGCUCGAUCUUGCACGCUCGAUGCCCAGUUCGGGCAACUAUCGGGGCAACAAGCGCUGGAACAGCACCGGCAACAGCUCUGGCGGCGGCACUGGUGGCGGCUACAACAACGGUGUCUAUCAGCAGCGUGGCAAUCCGCUCAACUAUCAGGCCGGUGGUGGGUACAACAACAAUCGCGGUGGUGCCGCAACCGGUGGCUAUCAGCAGUAUGCCGCUGGCGGCAACGGUUACCAACAGAAUGGAAUCAGCGGCGGCAACUGGAAUCGCAUGAACCAGCUGGGACAGGAUGGCGGCAACCGUAACGGCAGCACUUACCGCCCGCGCGCCCCCUUCAACAGUGGGGGACCGCGUGCGAUUAUGGGACACCAGGGCGGUGGCGCUGGUGGUCCAGGCGGUGGCAGCCCACAGCCGCAUUUGGGCCAGCAGGGCGGACCCUUCAUACAGCAGGCAUUUCGCAGUCGCGGCCAGUUCGUGCCGCAGAAUGCCGCCACCGGAGGUAUGCCGCCGCGAUUCCAGCAGUUCCCCAAGCGCGACUACCAGCAGCACUAUCAGCAACAGCAGCAGCAACAGGCGGGCCAGCAGCAGAAGAGUCCUAAGGAUGAGAAGUAUGCACAGCAGCCAGCUACAGUGGCCGCUUCCAUGGUGCACUAUACGCCGACCAACUCGCCGCCGAUUGCGACCGUGACAGCAGCCGCAGCUGCGGUGGCUGGACGCGCAACCGUGUCCGCUGGCCCGGCGGCUGCUUACAUGUACGACGCCAAUGGUGUGCUGACCACCACCGCUGCUCCGGGCACCAAUCCGUAUGCCAAUCAGUUCAGCAUGCCGGCCACCUACUAUACGGCCCAGCAUCACCAGUUCACGGCGACCGUGGCCGGUCCGGGACCGGGUCCGGCAGCUACCAUCGAGCAGGCGGGUCAGCAUUAGGACUGCCCUGUGAUGCCCCAGCCCACCAACAUAACAGCCGUAAGAAUGACACCAAUAAUUAAUAGCAGCAGCAACAACAACAACAACAACAACGGACACAAAACGGCAAGAAUUACUGAAGGAAGGGAAGAAAAAAGAAAAAGAAUGAAAUUUGCAGGACGAGAAGAAAGAGCACGAACGAGAGAGCACACGCUAAUCGCCGCUACUCCACCACACCACACCACACCACACACUCGAUAAAUAGAUGAGAUCGUUCGAUCGGACCAUUUUGGUUUUGUCUCUCAAUCUUAGUUCCAUCUCUGUCUCACACCAACCACCUAAUCAUAUGCAAUGUUGGCAAACAGUUUACAUACAAUCAGACAAAACAAACCAAACGUACAAACAUAUACAAUAUACAUUGUAAGUGGCAGGAUCAGCCUGCAGCUGCUGCAGCCCGACAACAUCAACACAACGGGCAGGCGCAACAGGAGCCAUUGCCUACAGCAGCAGCAGCAGCAACAACUGGAGCAGCAAACAGGAGCAACAUCUGAGAGCAGCAGCAGCACUUUAUCAUCGCCAUGCCAUCCUCGACCUCCAUGAUGAGGUAACGAAUCAAAAGAUUAAACAAAAAGAUCAAGAGUGACAGAACGUUGAUAAAUAUUAGUUAUAGUUUCCCCACACUCGCAUGUUCUUUUGAAUGCUUUGGAACGCUCGGUUAAGUAGGGUUUUUACUUUUCGGAACACAGCACAGCAGACGCGAAUCUAAAACAAAAAAUUAUACACAAAAUUAUUCUUUAUUUUUUUUUUAAUGUGUAAACCAAAACCAAACCUACACAAAACACACAACACACACACACACACACGCACACAGUUAUACCGUUAAUUACAAGAGUGAUAUUCAUGUAUAAUCAUGUAACAAAAGAAACAAAAAUACCAUAAAAAUUAAUUUUUUAAAGACUUUUCAUAUGAUGGAAGGGGGGAACUCCCCUGGAGUCCUCCUUUCAAAACCGAUUUGGUUGGUUAGGAAAAAAUUAACGGUUUGCUUCUAAACAAAAAAUAAAUGCCACCAAUAAAAUAAAUAGUGUGUUCUUUGCAACAAACACAAAACAAAAUUUGCAACAACAAAAAAACACAAACAAUUACAACAAAAUGAAAACCGAUCGAAAAAUUCGACAAAAAAUAAUGCAAGCUAGCUAGCUAGGGACAUACAUAUUUUGGCCAACAAAUAAUAAAAAAAAAAAAUUAUAAUAAUAAUAAUAACAAAAUGAAAUGAAAAUAAACCCGAAACGAAUUUGGCCAAAGGUUGAGGACAAGCAGCGCUGCUUUGGUAAAAAGUAUGUAGAACAAAAAACGAAACCAGAAACCAGCAAAGAAAUGGAUAAUACACAACAAAAUCGAAAGAAAUACACACACACACAUACAUGUACACCAAAACGCACGCAUAUUACGGUUAUCGUUUAGUUUCCGUUUAGUUUUUGACGGCAUAUUCAUAUAAAGAAAUUAUUAUGCCAAAUGCCCCCGAUUCAAGCUUGAUUUAAAUGAUGAAGAUUGCAACACAACAAAAAUACUCAUUUUUGAAACGAAUUCGAUUGCCGAACCAAACCCCAAACCCCAA